CUGGCUGGGCGGGCUCAGGCGCAUCCGGCCCGGCCUCGCCUCUCUGCUGCUGCCGGUGGCUCACGCACCGAGGGGGUUGCUGCUGCUGCUGCUCCUGGCCCCGCAGAAACCCGCCGCCGGGCGCUGCCGAGCCGGUGUCCGCCCGUGGGGCUGCGGCAGGGAGGGGCCGGGCGGCCGGGGCCUGCGUGGCUGAGCGGCCGGGCCGGGCGGAGAGAUGAACACGGUGUUGUCCCGGGCCAACUCGCUCUUCGCCUUCUCGCUGAGCGUCAUGGCGGCGCUGACCUUCGGCUGCUUCAUCACCACCGCCUUCAAGGAGCGCAGCGUGCCCGUCCGCAUCGCCGUCUCCCGGGUCAUGCUAAAAAAUGUGGAAGACUUCACUGGGCCUAGAGAAAGAAGUGAUCUAGGAUUUGUUACAUUUGAUGUUACUGCAGAUCUGCAAACUAUAUUUGAUUGGAAUGUUAAACAGUUAUUUCUGUAUUUAUCUGCAGAAUAUUCAACAAAAAACAAUGCCCUGAACCAGGUUGUCCUUUGGGACAAGAUCAUUUUGAGAGGAGAUAGUCCAAAGUUGUUACUAAAAGACAUGAAAUCAAAAUACUUUUUCUUUGAUGAUGGAAAUGGUCUCAAGGGAAACAGAAAUGUCACUCUGACUCUCUCCUGGAACGUUGUACCAAAUGCUGGCAUUCUACCUCUUGUGACAGGAUCAGGACAUGUAUCUGUUCCAUUCCCAGAUACUUAUGAAACAGCAAAAAGUUAUUAAAUUAUUAUACUGAAUCCUAAGCAACAUAUUUUUAUACUUGUAUAUUAUGAAUAAAUUUUAUCACUUUCUCCUCCUAUUCCCUGCAGCUCUCCAGUCAAAGGUACUUGUUUUCUUUGGCUCUAACUGAGCAGGAAAAAAAAACAGCUGAAAUUUAGACUUUUUUUUUUUUUUUUUUUUAAAUAAAACAUUGAUGCUGAAACUUACAGGAAAGGUAAACUGAUGGUUUAAAAUUUUUGAAAAAUUAACUUUUUUUGUUGGCCACGUGGGUAGAAAAAUAUGUUUCUUAUAAAUAAACAUUUAAAACCAGAACAUAGUCUGAUUAUUUUAAAAUUUAUUAUAAAAGUGUUUAUGUAAUCUGUCUAAAGCGCAAUGCACAAAUUUCAGUGUUGUAGUCAAAAAUGUAGGAGUACUUGCAGGUUCAUAGGCACUGUGGCUAUUGUAUUCUUCAGGUGCUGCUAAAUAAGUGUGUUUAGAAUGCUGCAUUAAGGUAGAUUGUUUCCUUUCUAGUAGCAUCAAAAGCCACUCAAAAUUGUUGUUCAUCAUUAUCCAUGAGCCAUCAAUCAGGAGUAUUUUAGUACUAUUCCAGCUCAAAUUUGAUGUUGGUUGAACAGAACUCCUUAUUUGAAAGAUAUAUGUAAUAUUGAUUUAACAAGAAUGUGCCACUGAUUUAACAAGAGUAUGUGUUUUGUGUUUAAAAAAAACACACAAAUCUUUUAAGAGCUGUUUACAACACAGAUACCAGUAGAAAUCAUAAGCAGGAUAAAACAGUGGAAAAAUACCUCUAGCAUAUAAAUUGGCAAUUUUUUUGCUUAUUUGGAAAAACUUAAUAUUAGCCAAGUGUGCAUUUUUCUCACACUUGUACAAAUAAAUCAUUUUGGGUUAAAGUCAGAAGAUAAUCUCAAAGCAUUUAGGAUGUGUUGUGCAAUAUACAUAAUAAAAAUGUUCUUUUUUAAAAAAAGGUAUGAGCAAGAAUAAUACAAAAUAAAAAAGUAUGUACAAAAUGUAUGAGUUGCUUGUAAAAUAUUUGGAAUUCUUGACUUUCAGUAUUAUAGACAAGUAAAAUUUAAAAUAUAGUAAAAUUCUUAAAAUAACAAAAAUUAGACUUUCAUAGAAAUAAAUUAAAAAGAUUGGGACUACUUAGCAAAGAGACAAAUAGGUUGUAGAAUAGUAUACAAAAUGAGUUGUAUACAGAAGGUAAAGUGGCCACUGUCCUUCACUCUUUCACAGUGCAAGCACAAGGAGACAUUCAGUGAAAUUGGAAAGCUACAAAUUAAAAACCUGAUCAAAGGAAAUAUUAUCUUGUACAAUUCAUAGUAAGUCUGUGAAGUUCAUUACCCCAAGAGCUGAGGUCAAUAGCUUAGCAGAAUUUAAAAAAGGAUUAAACAUUUAUAUAGAUAUAAAAUCAUAGUCAGUUUUACUAGAUAAAAUAAAAUAAUAUAAAACUGCAUGGGAUACUUGGGUUCAGCAAGGAAUAUCCUUUUUUGGGCAGAUUAUUCCAUAAUUGUCCACUAUGAAAUAUAUUUCUCUGUCCCCUAAAGUAUCAGCAGUAAUUAUCAAAGACAGGACAGUAGAUUGGCCAUUGAUCAGAUCCUCUAUGAUAAACCUACAUUGUAAGUGAGUUGACUCCAACUUCUUUUUAAAAAGAAAAGGCUUUCAAACAGUUUGCAUAGGACCACCUUUUCCUCCCCGCAUCCUGUUCCUUGUAAGGAGGGAUAACAGCAUAGCCUGCCACCCACAUACUCUUAGGAUAUGCAGAAAAUUCUUGCUCUAAUUCUGUGAAUCCUAGGUCAUCCAUGUGGAGUGGCAAUAGAGUGACCAGGUGUUCUGAUUUAUUGUACGGACAAUCCUGAUAUUCAGGGCAUUGUCUUAUAUAGGCACCUAUUGCCUCCCCAUCCCCAGUCCUGAUUUUUCAUACUUGCUAUCUAGUCACUCUAAAUGGCAACUUAGUGUCUGCGCUGUUACUGGCUUUUCCUGUUGUGUGGCUCCUUCCCCUGGUGAGAAGGGUAGAAAGUGGAUCAUACCUCCAUGCAUACAAUUAAUAGCAUUAUUUGAAAGGGCACUGGACUGUGUGAUAAAAGAAAUCUGCAUAAGAAUCUACAUAGGCCAAGAUUUUUAAAAGUGCCUUGAUUUUUGGAUUCCUCCUUUUUGUGUGUUCAACUUGUGACACUUUAAAGAGCCCUGAUUUUUCAGAGUGGGUGCUCAGCACUUUCCAUUUCCAAACAUCAGGCCUUUUUAAGAUAUCUCAGGUUGGGUACAUACACAAUUGUUGCUCUUGAAAAGCUUGACCAUACAAUGUAAAGCAGCUGAACUGAAGCUCUGCGCUCAACUAUUAAAUAUAUCUUCGUAUUCACUUGUUUUUUUGGAGGGAUGGAGGGAUUGUUAGUGGGGUUCUGCCAACCUGAUUUCUGUACACUUAAUGUUUUUGCUCUUGUCUGCUUUGCUGCAGAGAGAAACAUCCCACAGUUUGGGUCGCUAAAAAAUUUUGUACUGUGAGCAUUUUAAAAAAUGCAUUUUAAUAAACUGUUUUAACAGUAUUCCUAAGUAUAAAGAAUCUUACCUUGUUGAUACAGAAUUUUGUAAUUGCUAAAAUUGAUAGAUGUUAAUGAAGUUAAAGCAAUGUGUAAAAGUUUCAAUUAUGUUGUCUCAAUUAUAUGAAAAUAUUUUGCCCUUUUUUGGUGGUAAAGGAAUAUUCACUUGG